AUGGCAAUAGUUCUUAGAUCACUUCAUUUUCUGGUACUCGUCUAUGUUUCCUAUACUCUCUUGGCCCUUGCUCAAGAUGGAAACGGCUUCAUCUACAAUGGCUUCCGUGAUCAAGCCAAUCUGAGUCUUGAUGGACUCGCAAAAAUCCACCCCAAUGGUCUAUUGCAGCUAACCAAUCUUUCACAAAACGUAGUUGGUCGUGCUUUCUAUCAAUUUCCAAUGAAAUUCAACACAACUUCAUCUCUUUCAUUUUCUACAAACUUUGUGUUUGCCAUGGUUCCUCAUUUUCAAAAGCCUGGUAGUGGUGGUCACGGCAUUGCUUUCGCCAUCAGUCCCUCGACAAACUUCACAGGCCAAGGUCUACCAAAUGGGUAUCUGGGGCUCUUCAAUGAUUCAAAUAACGGCCUUUCAACAAACCGUAUUUUGGCCAUCGAGCUUGAUACUGUUCCGGACCCUGAAUUUGGAGAUAUUACAACGAAUCAUGUGGGAAUCGAUGUGAACGGCAUGAAAUCAAAUGAAUCAGCUCCUGCAAUGUAUUUUUCCAAUAAAGAAGGGAAGAAUAUAAGCUUGAAUCUCCUGAGUGGGAAUCCAAUGCAUCUUUGGAUAGACUAUGAUGAAGCAGAAAAGUUGCUGAAUGUAACACUUGCCCCAACAAGGAUCCCAAAACCAAAUCGGCCUCUAUUGUCAACUUCCAUUGAUCUGUCUCAAAUUCUCAAGGAAUCCAUGUAUGCUGGUUUCUCUUCAGCCACAGGUACAAUUGGGAGUGACCACUAUAUUCUUGGAUGGAGCUUUAAUAAAAGUGGACCAUCACAAAGCCUCGAUGUUUCAAGCCUUCCUCCACUUCCAGGGAGGAGGAAAGAGAAACCAAGCCUUGUGAUCAUCACUUCUCUCAUAGCAGUAGCGAUUGUGCUGAUAACCCUCGCUGGAGCUGUUGCUUAUAUACUGAGGAGGAAGAAAUAUGAAGAGCUACUAGAAGAUUGGGAAGAGGAGUACGGCCCCCACAGGUUCAGCUAUAAGAAUCUCCACAAAGCAACUAAAGGUUUCAAAGACACGGAGCUUCUUGGAGAGGGAGGCUUUGGAAAGGUUUAUAUAGGAAUACUUGCUUCGUCUAAUGAUCAAAUUGUUAUAUAGCAAUUUGGCAAUACUCUUAUUUUAUCGAGAAAAAGACGUACGUAG